UCCAAAUCGUACUCAUCCUCUUCGGCCACAAGAGGAAGUCCAGCCCCCAGUCUCAAGCUGAGGAUCGCCGUCUAGUCCGCGUACUUGAUCGCGGACUCCUUGGCCAUCGUCGCCAUUGGCAUCCUCUCCAACACUCUUAGAGAAGUGUACGAGAGAAUGACGGUGGCCUCGAUGACAAUGACAAGUUGCUCGCAUUCUGGGCCCAAAUGCUUCUGCUUCUCUUGGGUGGCCCUGACACAAUCACGUCCUAUUCUCUGGAGGACAAUGAACUCUGGCUCAGGCACUGCCUUCGCCUAGCGGUUCAAACAUCAGCCACGACAUAUAUCAUCUUCAUGGCCUGGACAAGCUCUUAUCUCUCGUACCACAAGUCAGUGAUAGCAUUGGUGGGGAUCGUCAAGUAUGGGGAGAGGGUGUGCGCUCUUUGGAUGGCGAGCAAUGACAAGCUCAAGCAGUCAAUGCUCGCCCCACCUGAUUCGAGUUUGAAUUACCCCCGCUUCCCAGAGUACACUUUAAAGAAGGCCGAGGGGUACAUCAUUGUGGUGGACACGUUGAUUGAGAUCGAAGAGCCAGAAGGUAUUCCAUCCACAAUGAUCGAUCCUAAGGAAAUUGUGAAAGCCUAUGACCUGCUUCAGAUAUUCAAGUGCCUCUUUGUUGAGUGGACGUUCAGCUAUGGCGAGAGGAACAUUAGUAGGUCCAUAUUCAAGGAUAUCCAUUUUAAAGACGCUUUUAGGAUUGUUGAGAUCGAGCUCGGGUUCCUCUAUGAUUUGCUCCACACGAAGGCCACGGUGCUUUACACCAAGUGGGGACUCCUCCGCUCGUUCACUUUCUCAUCCACUCUGUUGGUGCUGGUGCUCUUCUCUUUGGCCAAGAAGUCACACCUGUCGAGAUCCGAUCUUUCCAUCUUACUUGUUGCUCGCUUUCAUUGUCUUCUUUGAGGCCUAUUCGAUUUUCAUGCUGGUUUGCUCUGAUUGGAGCAACGUUUGGUUGUGCAAGGGCAACAAGUGCUGUGCCUUGAGACAUGGCUUGGUAUGUGUCUUGAACUUCAUAAGAUCGACUGGACGACCUAGGUGGUCACACUCAAUUGCCCAAUUGAUCUUGCUGAGCUUUUGCACUAAAGAGAGGCCCUUGGUUUACCAUAACGUGCUUGAGUUCUUGAGGAUCAAUGAGAAGCUAGAAAAGUAUCACUACACCCUCCAUGACGACGUGUCCGACGAGUUUAGGGAUUGGAUAUUCGGUCAUAUCAAGGAAGAACUUGUCAACGUGGAGGAGCAACUCGCGCCGGUCCCUAUGGAUAUUCACAAAUCUCUUACUAACCUACUCAAGGGUCAUGGCCUCACUCAGGCUACGUGGGCCGUCAAGGGGAAAUUCAACCAGGUUGUCCUAACUUGGCAUAUUGUUACCGAAAUAUUGUACUAGUCGAACUCGGAACAAUCCGAACUCCCUUAUUCUCAGGUGAGCAAGCUUCUCUCCAGGUAUAUGUUUUAUCUUCUGGUCAUGUACCCUUCUAUGCUGCCCGGUGUAAUAAGAGAAAUAAGGCUCCGUGACACUUUCGCCAAUGCCUUAAAGUUCUUCGAGGAUCACCAAUUACCCAAUAAUCGAGAGCCCUAUCUCAUGUGAGCUUCCGAAAUACCGCUAGGCGAGAGAACAGAGGUUCAGCCAAGUAUGUGAGGGACGCAUGCUGGACCUUGGCACAGAUGAGAGAGACAGAAAGAGAAAUAAGGUGGGACAUAAUCGGGGAGCUCUGGGUGAAGAUAUUGAUGUACGCCGCGAGCCAAUGCAGAGGUGAUCGCCAUGCUGGGCAGCUGAGGCGAGGGGGAGAGCUUCUGACUCAUGUUUGGUUCAUGAUGGCUCAUUUCGGCCUGACUGAUCAUUUCGAGAUGACUCAAGGCGAGGUCUUUGUAAAGGUCAUACCGAGAUAGGCCUUGAUUCCCACUAAUGACAAAUCCUUA